GCCAAUUGGACAACAGUCGUGAAUUAGCGCCGCCAACGUUGGUGCAUACAGAAAACAGUAUAAGUUGAGCAAAUCGAGCAACGCGCAUUGUCGUGUUAGCAAAUUAAAGGAAACGGAAGUGUGCGCUUUUUGUGCGAGUGUAUGUUCGAAACGACAAAAAUAAGCGUAAAUCCUUUUCUCAAUAAGUCAAAUUACAAAUAAAAAGUGCUGAAAUGUUUGCGAAUUCACAUCUAUCUCUGCGAAGCAUCGUCGCUUGUUUGUGUUUGGUGGCGCAUGCGCAAGCCGCCUACAAACUGCAGGAACGUUAUAGUUGGACACAAAUGGAUUUUGCCUUUCCUAAUCCUGGCUUGAAGCAACAGGCACUGGCAAGUGGUGAUUAUAUACCACAGAAUGCGUUGCCUGUCGGUAUGGAGCAUUGGGGCAAUCGUCUGUUCGUUACUGUGCCGCGUUGGCGUGACGGUAUUCCGGCCACAUUGACGUAUAUCAACAUGGAUCACAGCGCAACUGGUUCGCCAGAGCUGAUACCGUACCCCGAUUGGCGCAGCAACACAGCUGGCGAUUGUGCGAACAGCAUCACCACUGCAUAUCGUAUUAGGGCCGACGAAUGUGGACGUCUGUGGGUGCUUGACACCGGCACCGUGGGUAUCGGCAACACCACCACCAACCCGUGUCCGUACGCUGUGAAUGUCUACGACUUGCAGACGAACACGCGCAUACGCCACUACGAGCUGCGUGCCGAAGAUACUAAUGCGAAUACUUUUGUGGCCAAUAUAGCGGUGGAUAUCGGCAAGUCGUGUGAUGAUGCCUUCGCUUACUUCUCGGACGAACUCGGUUAUGGUUUGAUUGUAUACUCAUGGGAGCAGAACAAGUCAUGGCGUUUCUCGGCACACUCGUACUUCUUCCCCGACCCGCUGCGUGGUGACUUCAACAUUGCAGGCUUGAAUUUCCAAUGGGGUGAGGAGGGUAUUUUCGGCAUGGCACUUUCGCCCAUACGCUCCGAUGGUUAUCGCACAAUGUUCUUCAGUCCGCUGGCCAGUCAUCGUCAGUUUGCUGUGUCGACACGUAUUCUACGCGAUGAAAGUCGUGUUGAGGAUAGUUAUCAUGACUUUGUGGCGCUGGACGAACGUGGCCCCAACUCACAUACGACCUCGCGUGUGAUGAGCGAUGAUGGUGUUGAACUCUUCAACUUAAUUGAUCAGAAUGCUGUCGGCUGUUGGCAUUCGUCCAUGCCGUACACAUCACAGUUUCACGGUGUUGUGGAUCGUGAUGAUGUGGGUUUGGUCUUCCCUGCCGAUAUUAAGAUUGAUGAGAAUAAAAAUGUUUGGGUACUCUCCGAUCGUAUGCCUGUCUUCUUGAUCACCGAACUUGACUACAACGAUGUUAACUUCCGUAUCUAUACCGCACCACUGAGUAGUUUGAUUGAGAACACGGUCUGCGAUAUCCGUAACAGUGCUUAUGGUCCAUCGAAUUCAGUUGGUAGUACGAGUUUUUAUGGCACACCCACGAGCACGAAUAAUAUUUUCGGCCCACAACUAAAUCUCGGUGGCAACAAAGUGUACGGUCCACCCAAUCCGGUGAGUGUACCAAAGUCGCAGACACGUUUCAACAAGCCAUACUUGCCGCCGCUGCCCACCAAACCCACGCUGCAAGCGGAUAUACCACGCGUGGCGCCACCAAGUCGCAAUUAUCUGCCACCGCUGAUGGGCACCGGUUAUAGUACAACACAACGCUCAGAUGCAGCCAAAGCUUACGUAUUCAAUAACGGCCUGUCCUAUGAGGCGGGCGUUGGCGGCCCGCAUUUGUUCCCUCUUCACUCGGAGGGUUUGAGAAAUUACGUUUCGGCCCGCACUUCCGGCUGGUGGUUGGAGCACUGAGCGCGGUUUCUCGCCUACUCGUAGUACGCGCACAGCGUUUUCACUUGUCAUCUCUGCAUCUUCGCGUAAGCCAAGUUUUCAACCACCUGCCUGGUACCCUUGAGUAAUAUCAAUGUAGCGGAUCCCUUCUCCACUGGUAAAUAAGUAUUUCUAUUUAGCAUAAUUUGUGUGACUUUGUUGUAUCUCCGUGUAUCUAAAUAGCCCGAGGCAAAGCUGCACUUUCGUGGUUAAAGUCUAGCCAUUGCUUACUUUUUAUUUUGAUUGAUUUGAUUUCUAGCCAAGAAUUAAAAUUGUAA